AUGGCGUCGCAGCAGAUUCUUUUCGCCGAGACGAUAGCCGGCAUGAAAAAAGCUUUCAAAAGAAAAGCUUACGAGUCUGAUUCCGACUCCGAGAUCAUGUGCUUUACAAAUAGAGGCCACAAACUCCAGAAGCGAGCGCGAUUCGCACGCAAGGGGCAGUUGGCGCCGACGACUGGCCCGAGCGCGUAUAAACAGACUGUGGACUAUGCUGGCAUGCAACGGAACGUCUUGCAUCGCAAUCCACCACUUGUGGACGACGAGGGCUACGAGAUCUUGAGCGACGAUGACGACCAACGAGUGGGAGACGCUGAACUGGCUGCCGCUGAGCUGAACCCAUAUUCCAACAUCCGCCUCGAAAAUAUACUUGCCCCUCUGACCGCCUCGACGGAUUUACCGAGCCACCCGACCCUCUCGAAACCUUUUACUUCCAAAACCCUGACGGAGCUUAUUGCCCAAAGCUGUAGCAUCAUGCACAAAGAGAACCGCUCAUUGUGGCAAGUAAGAUAUCUGUGGACAUCGCUUUGUGGUGAUGGCAUAUGGAUGCCGUGCGAAACCAUGAUAGGGCCCAACGACCUCGAUCUGUAUUCAGAACACCACGUAGCCCGCUUCGCACCUGACGCGCCUCAAAAUGGCCACGCAACACCAACACCCAUGGUCAACGGCAACUCACGGCCGCCACCUGCCAAAGACUCGACGGCGGAACCGCGAGGGCUGAAACGCGGCACCACGACCGAUGCGAGCGCCGCUGCGGUGGACGCGUCGGGACCGAAAGACGACGACGGCGACGACGGCCAUGUCGAACAAGAAAUGGCAAGCAAGAAAUGGAAACAAACGCAAGACCGUGACGGAGACGGGACACCGUCACGAGGCACUGGGAGUGCUCACGCAAAUGGCGUCAGCGGCACCGCAGCGCAGCAGGGCGAGAAAGCCGAACCAGCAAAGGGGAAUACGGCGUCGGAGCAGUUGCUGACCACGUCGCGGUCGCAGGAUGAGUUUCUCAUUCAUCCCAUGUUCAUACCACCGGCCGGAGCCAAACCCGAUAGGGACAUGGGCAUUCCGGAAAAUGAGGCGGAAGAUGUUCGACGGCUAUUGGCACUGUAUGUCCAGAAGCAAGAAGAGGUGUGCAGAGGAGCGAGCCGACUGCACCAAGGCUUGCUUCGAGCGCAGAGGCUGCGAAGCGAGGUGCUGCACUGGUCGAAAGCGGAAGCUCAUUGCGGGCCGAACAGGGACUUGUCUGACGGCGAGGAUUGGUACGAUAAGGAGGAAUGGGGUCUGACUGAAGACCUGAAGAAGGGCCAAGACGAGGAGGAAGAAGACACCACGACAACAGGCAAAAAGACGAGGGCUCGUCGAGCUUGA